AUGUCCACGAGCUCGCUCAAUGGGAAGGCUGCCGCCUCGCGAAUCCUUCUCUUAACCUUCGACGCCUUCGGGACGCUUUUUCACCCCCGCAUUCCCGUCCCCGAGCUCUAUGUUCAGGUCGCCUGCAAAUAUGGCCUCUCACAGCCCGUUAUCACCCCGCAACGGCUGAAAUCUGCCUUCAAGGAGACAUUCCUCGCGCAAUCGAAGCGAUACCCCAACUACGGCCGCGCCGAUGUCCUCCGCGGCCAAUACGGCGGACCCAAGCAGUGGUGGCAGGAGGUGAUCGAAGGCAGUUUUGCGCGAACGUUGGCUGGAACAGCGGCCGACGCGCAGGACGGCAAAUUCAAGUUACCCGACGGAAUGGUGGAUCAUCUUCUCGAGCUUUUCGCCGGUAAAGGCGGCUAUGCCGAAUACCCUGAAGUGUUACGGUUCUUCGAGAUAAUCCGAUGGAUGACUUAUGAGCCCCUGCCGUCGAAUAGCCGCUUUGAUCGGAUAAUCCUAGGCGUUAUAUCGAAUUCGGAUGAUCGAGUUCCUGCCGUGCUGAGAGCAUUGGGGAUAAAUGUUGCGGAUAUGCGUGCGGACCAGGAUGUCUCGAGCAAGCACUUGCCUGGAUUCGAGUAUCGAGGAGGAAUCGAAGAGCCGUUCCCUCCAGAAGACGCAUUCACCCCUCCGAAGGAAGAACCACCCCCUCCGCAAGAAGAACCCGGCUCCGAAGAGCCUCCACACCAACCACGCCAACGACGCGAAAAAAGCCCUUUAGAAUACCGCGCCAUACAAUUGAUGUUAAUCGAACAGGAGUUGAAGACCAACUUAAAGCCGCAGCAACCAAUCGGACCACCACGUGGAAUUGAAUUGAAACAUCCCGGCGAAAUACAUCUAGUCAUCACGAGCUAUGAAGCCGGUGAAGAAAAGCCGAAUCGAUCGAUCUUCGACGUUGCCAAGAGACAGGCGCGGUUAAUUAUGGAGAAAGAACGAGAUAGUAUACUCCCACAGCUGAAGGCUGCGCAAAGAGAAUCAGAGCUGCCCGCACGUUUCAACCCAGAUGGUGAAUGGACGUGCGUGCAUGUUGGAGACGAUUUCGAGAAAGACUAUUGCGGUGCACGUGAUGCCGGGUGGGAGAGCUACCUCCUUGCGCGCGAGGAAGGGCAAAAAAGAGGCGAUGAUGUGAAGACCAUCUCUUCAUUGUACGGAUUGUUGGAUCUAUGUUUCGAUCGUGAUCACCGGCCACGGGAAAGGGAAACCCCUAAAAUGAGAAAGUGGCUCGAUGAGGCAUAUGUAAAGGCGGGCAAAUGA